AUGGCCAACUACCUCCCCCUCCUCCUCGUCUCCGUCACAACCAACGCAAUACCCGACGACACCUCCGUAUCCACCCAGCCUCGCGGCCAGGUCGACUACCUCUCCCAUGAAUGGCGCGAAGAGGACGUGUGGCGUUCCUGGCGCAACAUGACUCGCCAGAAAAACGAAAUCGCAAACGGCGCCCGCCUCGAAAACGCAAGUUGGCGCACCUGGUGGAAGCAGAGAAAUAAGCUCAAGACGAUAAGUCCGGAGACUUUGAACUGGUGCGCUUUUUCUCCCUCCGCCUCGCCUCCGUCCCCUUUUAUCCUCUCCCUGGCCACCGUUAUCGUCGCCUCGAGGGGCACACGUCCUCCAUUUAUCGCCCAUGUCCGGGGCGUUGUGCUCACGCCGCUCUUCCCAUGCAGGCUCAAAGACUCGGACGUCACCUGGCUCUAUGGGCCUCUCCAUACCGCCCUCGACUGGUCGCCCCCGCCCAAACCCAAACCAGACCCGACGACCGUCGAUAAGGAGAAGACGGUGCAAGACCGCCUCGGUCUCAGCACAGACUCGCAGGGAUACAAUAUCCCGGGCAAGAAGCCCAUCCUCAAGCACCGCAGUAUCAGCGACCUCCUCACCAGUGCCCUCCCCAACCUCAAUCAAACAGACGAUGCCUCUGACGAUCUCGGCACUAUUGACGAGGACGACGAGGAAGACGAGGCUGAGCUCAUCCGUCCUCACCUGAUGCACACCAAGAGCGACACCAACAUCUCUCGCUACCGCAACAACCCCUUCCGCAAGGACUCUCCGCCGCGCAUAAUCGCUCCUGUUCUCACCAGCCCCUACGAAGACAUCGGUGCGUAUCCGGCUGUCCUCUCACCGCCCGUCAUGGGCGAGCGCUCCGGCUCGAGUGAUUCGGCGCGGGACACGACCGGCGGAAGCUCUCAGGACUUGAACGAGAAGGGCCCCGGGGGCAAGAAGAAGCACAUCAGUUUCAACACCUUUGUCGAACAGUGCAUCGCCAUCGACUCCCCACAGAACGGGAAAGCAAACGGCCGGCGGAAGCCUGCGACCCCGCGCAUGUACGACGACGGUUCCGAUGACGGGUCAGUCUCUUUUUUCGUGGCUGCCUUCCGUCCCCGCGUCGUUUACGGUCUGCACGCUGAUGAUGACAAACUCCUGGAUACCCCGGCGUAUCGUAGAUACGACCCGGAUUCCGAAGUCGGCUCGUACGACGACGGACUCGACGAACCUUCGCUCUUCUCUGAGGGCCACGCCGGCUCGGACACGGAAGACGAUGAUGAAGACGAUGACGAUGACAUCCUCGAGAUGCGCACCGCAUCCUCGCGCUCCCGAUCAUCAUCCUCUUCGCGCUCGCCCGGCCUCUACGCGCACGCGCACUCGCAGCGCCUGCGGCCCAACGCCCGCCCGAUGCUCGUCCGCGCCAACUCGUCGGACAAGGAGCACAUGACCAUCGCGCCCAUAGCGCCGACGAUGCUCAAGACGACCGGCGUCGGCAACCACGCGGGGCUCCCGCACGGCACGCACGCCACCGCACACGUCAACCUCGUGUACGUGCCCUCGCUUGGUGGCAGCUACGGAGCCUCGCGCCGGUCUAGCUCGAGCGCCGGCGUCGGAGUCGGUAUCGGCCUGGGCGUCGGUCUGGGCGCGGCAGCUGUAGCCGGCAGCGCAGAGGACGUGUACAGACACCGCGAGGCGCGGUUCAGCGUCGGCGCGGGCAGUGGCUCGCGCUCCGGCUCGCAUUCGCAUUCGGGUUCCGGCUCGCGAUCGCCGUCGGACUGCGCGUCGCCUGUGCCCGCGGCGGAGGCGCUGCCGCCGCCUAUACCAUAUGCGCGAUCGCCUGCCGCUGCGGCGGCGGUCCUGGAUGAAGUUGAGCAGGAUGCGCAGCAAGAAGAGACGUUUGAUUAUUUUGGAGGGGCAGGGAUGGAGAAGGAGGUGAGGAUAGACUCUGAGUUCGGCGCGGGCCUCGUGCGGUACGCGCAGGGCGGCGCGGAGAGCGUGCAGAGCGGGCGGAGUAGCGGGUUCGCAGAGGGCCAUGCGCCGGAGGUGGUCGUCAACGAUGAGGACGGGCCGAGCGAGGAGUUUAGGGAGCGUGAGCGGUCGAGGAGCCGGAGCAGGAGCCGAUCGAGCUCGAGGUCACAUAGUCGGUCCAAGUCGCGGACGCCGUCGCCCGCGGAGGUGACGCGCAUCGUCGACACGCCGUCAUCGUCAUAUCCGGUCGCCACGUCCACGUCCACGUCGACUGUUUUGUCUGCGUCCCCGUCGAUAUCCACUUCCGCCCCGCCCUCAUCCUCCGUCCCUGUCCCACGAUCAAGCUCAUCGUCCCACCUUUUCACCGACACUGUCCUGCUCUCCCCGCCCGAACACGCGCCUCACCGUGGGCGCAGCGCCGCGUCGCGCAGUAGUGGAGGCGGCGAGGGCGUCCGAGGGCGCUCGGCGACGCGGAGUGCGUCGUCGUUCUCUGAUCGCGACCGGUCGGGGUCGCGCGGGACGAGUUCGCCGCUGGGGAGCGUGAGUCCGACAGCGUCGAGCGCGGUGAUCGGGCCUGGCGCUGGUCCCGGAAUCGGGGCGCAUUUCGUGUACCCACAGGGUCAGCAGCAGCAGCAGCCGCUGCAGGUGACCGUCGUGGGGCGUGGAAGGGCGUCGCGGCUUGGCGGGCGGGGGGCGAGCGGGAGCAUGAGUCCGCCGAGCGGGGCGAGCCCUGUGAUUGCCAUUGCCAGGAGCGGGAGCUUGGAUGCGAGUGCGGAGGGACUGUGGAGGGAGGAGAUGGAGCAGCGGCAGUCGCUGGGCCUAGGGCUAGGUAUCGGACAAGGGCAAGGGCAAGGGCAAAGCCAAGCCGGCCCGUCGUCCGCGCCUGUGCUCUCCGCGUCGAUGAGCAGCGUGAGCACGAUCUCGAGCUCUGGGUCCUCGACGGAGCACGAGAUGUCCGCGCCCGCGUCCGCCGCGAGCGCGCGCAAGCGCGCGUCGGGCAAGAUCCCGCUCGCGGUCCCGAGCCAGCCCGCGAUCAUGGAGGAAGAGGAGCAGGCGCGCUCGCGGCAGCCGACGCCGGCCAACUCGCCCGUGCGCGAGCUCAAGCUUAGGCCUGCGCGGCUCCCGGCCCCCGCCGCUGCCCCGUCUACCUCGGCUGCUUCGACGACUUCGGCGACGGCGACUGCGGUCCCGGCGGUGUCGUCGCCCACGCACGGUCAGAGCAAGCGCGCGUCGCAGGUCGGCGGCCGUCCGACGAGUCCGGCUGUUGCGCGUGAGGAGCAGGCGCAGGCGGGGACGCUCGUCGGGCGCGCGGCGGAGAUCGUGAGCAGUGCGCGGGGGCUGUGGGGCUCGUUUUGGCAUGGUGGCAGCAGUAGCAGUAACAGUAGUAACAGCAGUAGUGCGGGUGCUUGA